CUAUGUGCUGAUUGUUCAAUAUGUGUACUCCUGUGACCCUGUCGGCCGCUGCGCGCUUUUGUCCUGCUCGGACACUCGUCUCUGGGACCAUGUCGUAUUAUACAGCGGUGACCUCGCCGACUGUUGGGACGAGUCCGGUGGCCCGUCCGGUGUCGCGGAAUGCGCCCGGUCUCGCCCGCCCGCCCGUCAAUGACGGCCGGCCGACCCACGAGACUGGCACCCACUUCCGACCGCCCGGCCGCCCUUUGCCCCUGACAUUGACUGACGCGGCGCGUGACGCGACCCCCCGCCGCCGCCGCUGGCGGACGCUGACGUAAAGCAGCACCGUGACAGUGAAUCUGCUGUUGGCCCCGCCCUCGGACCCCUCCCCCUCAUAACUACGCAGUACUGGGCGCAUUGCACGCGGCGCCGGCGCCCGCUCGCGCUGGCUGGCUGCCAGCUCGUACAGACGGUGGGCCGGGCUGUGGUGACCUUGUGUGGCUCGCUCAGGGCUGGUCGUUGCUCCCGCUGACUCCUCCCGUCCCUCACGACGUGACCCCGGCGUUUUACGCACAAGUCCCCCGAUAGAAGAGAGCUCCGCGAUUUCGCGGCCGCCCGCCCGUCCGCGGCCCGCGAGCGAGCGGCCGCGCGGCCGGUCAACACCAACAGCUGCAGCUGAUCGACCCAGCGUCGCCGCCGCGCCGCCGACUGCCGCCGCCGCCGCCGCCACCUCGAGUUCAUCAACCGCGGCCGCCGCUGCCGCUGCCGCUGCUGCUGCUGCUUCUACUGAACCGCUGGCCGUGCCUGGUCCCUCUCAGCCGACUCGCAGAGGACCCUCCGGAUCGCGCAGGAAACGCACCAACCGCUGCAGCACCUGUGGUAAAAGCUUCUCCAGCCCCGGCAAGCUCGCGCAGCAUCAGUACGUCCACACUGGAGAGCGGCCGUUCGUCUGCAGUCGCUGCGACAAGAGCUUCUCCUCCAAGUUCAAGCUGAUGCGUCAUGUGCUGACUCACAGCAAGGAGAGACAGUUUCAGUGCAACGAGUGUAACAAGGGCUUCUACCGAAAGGACCACCUGAAGAACCACAUGGAGACGCAUAACCCGAACAAGGCCAUGUAUCGAUGUCCGCGCGCAGUCUGCGGUAAAGAGUACACAUCCAGCACUGGCCUCAAGAAGCACGUGGCAAUGCACGAGGCGGAGGACGGCAACCUGAUAUGCACACUGUGCGGCAUCACAUUCCAGGCGCGAGACGACAUCAUCUACCAUCUGAAGACGCACGCCGGCUCAAGGACCGUUAAAAGCGCCCAGGACAAAAAGUUUCAGUGUGACAUGUGCAAAAAGCGAUUCUUCACUCGCAAAGACGUGAAACGACACAUGGUGGUGCACACUGGAACUCGUGACUUUGUCUGUGAUCAGUGUCCACAAAAGUUCGGCAGGAAGGACCAUCUGGUGCGGCAUGUCAAGAAGAGCCACUCGGCGUCGCCGGGCGCACCCCCGCGUCGCGGCCGAGUCAAGUCGGAGCCUCCGACGGGCAUCGGCUCGCCGGAGCGGCCGCCAGCGCCUCCGUCGGCGGCCGCCGGCGCCGCCUCGGACACCGGCGGUGGUGCGGUGUUUGCCGCCAGCCAGGGGGACGUCUAUUUCGCCGAGGAGCGGGAGGACGUGUCGGGUUCGUCGAGCGGCCCGUACCGGCCUCUGGCGGGCAGCUACCAGCCGCCGCCGCUGCCGCUGCACGACAUGGACCUGUCCGACCCGGCGCUGCUCUCGACGUUCGAGCCGUCUGAAGUUCUGCCCGACCUGGGACACACGUCGGCCGACCUCAGCACCGAGCUGCCGGCAGUCAGCUACGUGGCCGGCUGCCCGGAGCCGUUCUACCUGCCGGCGCAGCGGCUGGCCGAGCCGGCUCUGGUGCGCGUCUCGGAGCCGGCCGCGCACCUGACGCCGGAGCUGUUCCCGCUCACCGGACCGCUGCGGCCGCCGCUGUCCGUGCGCGCCCGGCUGCCGCCCAGCGGCAAGGACCUGUCCGCGCUGAUGCAGUCGGCCAUGGCCUCAUCGUCGGGCCCGGCGGUGGCGCCGACGGAGACGACCCGCUCACCGUCGCCGGGUCACGAGUACUCGCACUACCGCUACUUCGAGCAGCCGUGACGGUUGGAGCCGCCCGUCGCACCGCGGGCGGCGCCCGAUGCCGCGUGGCACGCUCUGUCUUUCGGAAGUGGUUGGUGGCCGGUGCGCGGCAGCGCGACUCCGACGCCACGGGGCCGGGCCGAGCUGCCGCGGCUGCUGCCCACCGGCGACCGCGUGCAACCACUGCUGUCCCGUCCCAGGGAUCGAAAGGCGAGCCCGGUGAGUCAUCCAACUUUCUUCUGAGACGUUUUACCGUCAAAGUUUGGCGGGCUGGUGGGAUGUACGUUUUUUAUUGGUGACCUGAAUCGUGACUCUUGAGCGUACAUUCCUGUAUUUGUCGACCGCGGGCAGCGUGUUAAUGGCCAGUUGAAGUGAGGGAAUGUCGACCUUAGCCGAAUCAAAACCGCCAUCUUCACCAGAGUUGUGCUAAACGUGAGCGUACUUGUGUAUGGAUCGUGUUGACCCGACCGAUGCCCGUUGUCUUGUUGAUCGUGCGUUUAUCAUUAGUUCGCUGGGCGACUGGUAAUGUGAGUCCGUAUCGGUAUGGUCUGGGACCCGUGUCCGUGUCACCGGUGUGUCCGUGUCCGUGCGCCUGGAUCCGUGUGUGUGUGUUGGUGAGGGCCGGGACCGUAGCGUGCCAUGUGAGCCACCAGCGGCCGUCCGUUCGCCCGCCGAGGCGGCGGCGCGCGCAUGGCACUACUACGCAAUACCGCAGUACCUGUGCUAGACCGUGGCCUUUCUGCCGAGCAGUGGCGCCGGCCCGUCGGCCUUGGUCGCCGCCGGCCGCCGCGCCGACGGUCGACGCAGCGAGCCAGCGACGUUAUAGCUGAAAGCUAGGCCAACAUGAGGGGGAUCGGGGGGGGGACGUCCGAGACUCAGUCGUUAGUCUGACUAGCGUUGUUUGUGUGUUUGUUGUUGUUUUGCUCGCGGAUUUGACCCGUUUGCUGCUUGCCCAGAUGUGUGCAAAUGACUUUUGGUAGGUACCUAACUAUUAAGUUUGGCGCUGUGCCCAUGCUCUUGUGGUAAUGCUGCCACUAGAAAGCGCUCUAUUGAACUGCCCGAGUCCCUGCUGCGUAAAUCAAACCCGUUUGGCCUAGUGUGACCCCGUCUACAUAAUAACCAGCCAUGAGCCAGCUGUUGGUAUUAUUUGAAGGCAUACCUUUGCACCUUCUGAGCUGUAGUGCAGUGCGCUCACAUUUCCUCAUCAAGGCCCGCUCCCUAAUGACGCUUCGCUCAUGCAGUUUAAAAUUGGAAUGUUUCUUUGUCGAGGAAAACGCCAGUUUACUGGUGACGCAUUAGAUGACGCGUCAGGGGGUGGACUGAAGUGUUUAGGUUUUACUCCGAGCUGCGCUCACCUCAGGAAUUUGUAGGUACGUAAGUACGCCAUUUCGCGAGUGUUUGUGUGUUUGUAUGUGUGUGUGCCGAUGUGCCUGACUCGCCUGGCGUGUGUCGCGGCGUGGACACGCGUCUGGCGAUGUUCUACAUGACGUAUUUGAGUUGGAGCUCCGUCCGCCGCCUCCCGGCGGCCCGGCCGGGGCGGGCUCAGGCAGUGCUGUGUCACCUGUCUGCAGCCGCCACUGUGAGCCACGCUCGGAGAGUCAGUCCGUAGGACUAAAUGGCGUGCAAGCUGGUCAGCUAACUGUGCAACGACGGGGCGAGGGGCAGGGAGAGAGGGGCGAAGGGUCGGGGCGGGUCCGCCGCUGUGGCGGCUGACCCCAUUCGGGUACAGAUCAGGUACUGGCUCCGCGCGGGGCCGGACGGUGGACGCCUUCGCCUGGCGAGGACGCGCCGCCACGGGCGCCGGCUCACGCCUCAGAGUGAGGAUUUUCUACGUACUGUCAGUUUUACAGCGGCCUAUGGUGCGUGCAUUUGUUAUGAUGAUCAAAUGGUGAAAUAAAGCGUGUCUCGGUAA